CGCUGAGCGCACCACACAACCUUCGUAGUCUGUUCAGAAACACUCGUAGGUUCAGCUGUGCAGUAGUAAAAGGCUUCAGAGGAUUCGGUUAAUUUUAAAGAAAAAUUUAACGCAUAUUAGGUGAAAACGUAAUUCGAUAAUUUGGAUUUAAGUUACCACAAUCAAUCAACAAAUAUAUAAAUAAUGGCCGAUGAAGCACAAGCACCACCACCAGCCGAGGAGGCGCCACCAGCAGAGGGUGCCGAGGGCGCGCCCGCCGAAGCGGCCGCUGAUGCGCCACCAGCUGAACCCAUCAAACACUCCUACACCCUCUUCUACUUCAAUGUGAAAGCAUUGGCUGAGCCGCUACGUUAUUUAUUCGCCUACGGCGGCAUCGAGUACGAAGAUGUGCGUGUCACGCGUGACGAGUGGCCGGCACUCAAGCCGACAAUGCCCAUGGGUCAAAUGCCAGUACUGGAAGUUGAUGGCAAACGUGUACACCAGAGCAUUUCGAUGGCCCGUUUUUUGGCUCGCACAGUUGGCCUGAACGGUGCCACACCGUGGGAGGAUCUACAAAUCGAUAUUGUUGUUGAUACCAUCAACGAUUUCCGUCUAAAAAUUGCAGUCGUCUCCUAUGAACCAGAGGAUGAUAUCAAAGAGAAGAAACUCGUAACACUCAAUACCGAAGUCAUUCCAUUCUAUUUGGAAAAAUUGGAACAGACUGUUAAGGAUAAUGAGGGACACUUCGCAUUGGGAAAGAUAACAUGGGCCGAUGUCUACUUCGCCGGUAUCAUCGAUUACAUGAACUACAUGGUAAAGCGCGAUCUGUUGGAGCAAUAUCCAGCGCUGAAGGCUGUCGUUGAUGAAGUCAACGCAUUGGAACCGAUCAAGGCCUGGAUCGAGAAGAGACCCGUGACUGAAGUUUAAGGCAAAAAAACAUAACAAAUUAAUAAUAUUUAAAUGAAAGCUGAUAUAAUUUUGAAUAACAACUAUAAAACACCUGGAAGAGAGUCGUACUCCUCAUAGCAUUGGAAGUGCUCAAUUAAACAAAAUGGCGUGAGGAAGAAGAA